AACACGAAGAAGCAAGGCGGGUAAGGCAAGCAAAUUUAGAGAAACAAAAGUUUAAAUUUGGCAAUUUUUAUCUAUUAGUCGACAAAUAUAUCUAAUCAAUAGUUUAACAUGGUGCCGGAAAUGCAAUUGGUAAUUACUGAGAACAAGCAAGUUAUUAAAACAAUUGGGAAAGAAACUGAUCGACGAGCUUCGCAUCUAGUGAAGUCUCUUCAAGAGUUUCAACAAUUAGUAAAUGCGACCCUAACUAACAUUAUAGAAGACCGUGGUGGGAGCAACCAAGGAGAUAAUGAAGAAUUGAACGAAGAUAGUGAAGAAGAAGAAGAUGUUCCUGUUACCCCAAAGAAAAGACGGAAAUAGUUCAUAGGUACAUUUUCAUUAUUUUACUUUAUUUUAGUAGUAAAUACAUAUAGUCAAUAGUGAUCAAAAUGGGUACAUAUGGUAUACACCAUGUUUUUGUUUUAUUUCUUAUACCUCAAGGCAAUUUUUCUUAUGUUAGUUUUUUUUCAUUAUAUCUGAUAUGGUACUUUUACACUACUUUCAAGAUACCUAAUGUUCUCCUACUUAUUGAUACUUAUAUUAGAAUAGUUGAUAUAUGUAAAUAUAAAGAUUCUCUUACUUUUGUAA